AAACCAUAGGAGGUUUUGUUGUUUAGCAUGAUAAUUCCGUCUCAGAAACAAACUUAAUUAUGUGCUGACUCCAACAAGAGAUAAUGGCACAAGCACAAGCUGACUAAAAUGAUAAAGAGUAACUGAAACUAGUGCCUUAAUGUAGAAAUUUAUUAUAUAUGCACUAAUCUGAUGCUUUUCAAGUCCAUAUGCCACAACAAUGAAAAGGAAUUGUGAGUUUCUUGCAUUAUAAUGGUCAUAAGACAUACGAAAGAUUGCUUGCAGGUAGAAAACCAUGUUGAGUUGAUCCUUGAGUGACAGUUUGUGGCUUUGUGCUACAUAAAGCCUGUUGAUGUCUUACCAUAUUAAUAAUGAUAUUUGUAUAUGCAGCACCAUCGCCAUAUGUGAUGCAACAAAAAAGUAGGAAAAAAAAAUUCAUCAGCAGAGCUGGAGGUGCAGGAUUGGCAUAUGACUCAAACCAGCCAACACACCCAUAUAUCUUUCACCUUUUUUCAUUUUUCUCCCAGGGUAAGGAUGCAUUUUGUUUUUUUAGUAAAAAAAUUGUAGGAGAUCAAUUUAACAACAACAGCUCUAGCAUGAGUUGAUACAUGCAUGCAUUAUGCAUUUGCAGACAAGCUUGCAGGUAUGCACAGCCAAGGACAUAAUUGCUGGAUGCUUGUGUUUUGAGAAUCUGCAAAUUUCACAAGUUUGAAUGAAGUGUAUGACAUCCAGCAUGAUGUUUCCUUGAUCUUGACAGUUUGAUUCAGAUGAAAAUUAAGGAGCUAAAGAAACUCAAAUAUAAGAAAAAACUGAAAAUGGAUAUUAGGAGUGCUAAUGCAGUAUGGUAUUAUGUAAGCAAUUGCCUGAUGUUUUCAAGUCCAAAACUAACAAUAAUACAAAAGGCUAUGCUACUUCCAGAAAUAAAAUAACCGGUGCAUAAGAAGAAAGAUUCAACGAAUAUACCACAAAGAUACAAAGCUUUCAGCUGAUAUUUCAACAAAAAUAACAACUCAGGAUUAAAAUAUUCAUUUUCCAGUAAGCCUCAUGUCUCCACUGCCUAUAAAGCCAAGGCAGGUGAAAGAUGGCUCGAACAUACAACAAAGUAUCAGAUAUGGCUGAUACAACAUGUGAUGAUGGUGGCAAAGGAGCGAAGGUUAGGAAAUCAGAAGAUGCUUUGGAAGGACGAAAACCAUCAUGGGGAAAGCUUCGCCGUAUCGACUCACUGAAUUUGGAGGCAGAGAGAGUCUCAAACAUCCGAACCCAUGGUGCUCAGAUGGGUUGGAGCAGGACACUGCAUCUAGCAUUCCAGAGCAUUGGGGUGGUGUAUGGGGACAUUGGGACAUCACCGCUAUAUGUCUAUGCAAGCACCUUUACAGAUGGGAUCAAAGAAACAGACGACCUCUUGGGUGUCCUGUCUCUCAUUAUCUACACUAUGAUUCUCAUACCUCUGCUCAAGUAUGUCUUUAUUGUCCUGUGGGCUAAUGAUGGUGGUGAUGGAGGGACAUUUGCGCUUUACUCACUGAUAUCUCGGUAUGCAAACGUGAGCUUGAUUCCAAAUCAACAAGCUGAAGAUGCAAUGGUCUCAAACUACAAAUUAGAGACACCAUCAACCAGAAUGAAGAGGGCUCAGUGGGCUAAAGAAAAGCUGGAGGGCAGUACAGUGGCUAAGGUUGCGCUUUUCCUCAUCACAAUCCUAGGGACUUCAAUGGUUAUCGGAGAUGGAGUCUUAACUCCAUCCAUUUCAGUGCUAUCUGCUGUGAGUGGAAUCAAGGAGAAAGCAGCCUCCCUGAACGAAGGGAGCAUUGUCAUAAUUUCCAUAGCCAUCUUGAUCGUGCUGUUUUCUGUUCAACGUUUCGGAACAGAUAUAGUUGGUUAUUCGUUUGCCCCUAUCGUGUUAAUAUGGUUUAGCUUUAUUGGCGGUAUUGGACUCUAUAACUUAAUCAAGUACGAUUUGGGUGUUUUGCGUGCGUUCAAUCCAAAAUACAUAAUAGAUUAUUUUAAAAGAAAUGGAAGAAAGGGAUGGGUCUCUCUUGGUGGCGUUGUGCUCUGCAUUACAGGAACGGAAGCAAUGUUUGCUGACCUGGGUCACUUUAAUGUCAGAGCCAUUCAGAUCAGCUUCUGUUUUGUUUUGCUCCCAGCAGUAUCACUAGCUUACAUUGGGCAAGCUGCAUAUCUUACCAAAUUCCCAGAGGAAGUUGCUGAUACUUUCUACAAAUCAAUUCCAGGUCCACUAUUCUGGCCAACAUUUAUAGUGGCUGUCUCUGCUGCCAUCAUUGCUAGCCAAGCUAUGAUAUCAGGUGCCUAUGCGAUCAUAUCACAGUCACAAGCUCUAGGAUGCUUCCCAAGGGUUAGGGUUUUCCACACUUCUCCGAAAUAUGAAGGGCAGGUGUAUAUUCCUGACAUAAACUAUGCACUCAUGAUUGCCUGUGUAAUAGUAACGGCUAGCUUCAGAACAACAGAAAAGAUCGGACAUGCCUAUGGAAUUGCAGUGGUUACUGUAAUGCUCAUCACAACAUCCAUGGUCACACUCAUUAUGAUUGUCAUAUGGAAAACGAACAUUUGGUUGAUUAUGCUGUUCUUCUCAGUGUUCAGUGCAAUAGAGAUCCUAUAUUUAUCUUCAGUCCUAUACAAGUUCACAGCUGGCGGAUACCUACCACUAGUCUUCUCACUUUUCAUGAUGCUAAUAAUGGGUACAUGGCACUAUGUGCAUGUAAAAAGAUACAAGUUCGAGCUCAAACACAGAGUCUCAAGUGAUUACAUAACACAAUUAUCCUUCAAACAAGAUGUAAGAAGGUUACGAGGGGUUGGAUUUCUAUACUCUGAGCUCGUCCAAGGUAUCCCACCCAUAUUCAGCCACUUUGUUGAGAAAAUACCCUCCCUUCAUUCUGUUCUUGUGUUUGUUUCAAUAAAGCACUUGCCAAUCAGUAGAGUGGAAAUGCAAGAACGCUUUCUUUUCAGACAAAUUGGACCAAGGGACUACAGAAUGUUCCGAUGUGUGAUACGCUAUGGAUAUAGAGAUGUUCUGGAAGAGGCCAAGGAAUUUGAACUAUUGCUCAUUGAACAACUGAAGCAGUUUAUCCACCAUGAGUACUUCUUUCUCGAAAGUGGACCUGCUAAGCAAAGUGAUCCACUGCCUGAGGCAGCAAACCUUGCAAGCUCGGUGCUUGAAACAAGUGAAGCCAAGCCACAAAGAACAGGAUCAUCCACAGUGCACGUCGAGGAAACAUUGAAGCCACAAAGUUCACCUAAUGUCUCUUCAAGAUCGAUCCAUUAUGGCAUCAGCAAAUGCUCAACAAACUCUUCUGGCAGAAUUGCGGCCGCACAGAUUCUGUCAGUUGAAGAGGAGAAAGAGUUUGUUCAGAAAGAAAUGGAGAAGGGGGUGGUUUAUCUAUUGGCAGAAGCUGAAGUUGUAGCAGAGAAUAAUUCCUCUAUUAUCAAGAAAUUAGUUGUCAACUACAUCUACGAUUUCAUAAGGAGAAACAUCAGGCAGGGGGAGAAGGUUUUGUCAAUUCCACGGGGCAAGCUGCUCAAGGUGGGAAUGACAUAUGAAAUCUAGAUUGUCCAAAGAAGCUUCAUUGUCACAGUAUUAUCCAGAUAAUGCCCCCCUGGAUUCCACAAAAGCGUGAUCGUUUAUGGCAUACUGUUGGCUGGAAAAGCCAAAAACUCUUGUAAGAAUAAAUUACCAGAAUAUAUGUGAAAAGAACUCGAGCACACAAGCAAUAUGCUUCUGUAUGUUUUGGACUCCUAAGGUAUAAUAUAGAGAUUAAGAGGCAUGCAUUUUAAACAUAU